AUGGAUAUGAAGGUAUUAGAAGAAGAGUUGAAAAAGGGUUGGGAAGCAACUAGUCAACUACGAUCAUUACUACUUUUUCCACCCGAAUUAGAAUGUGGUAAUGCAAGUAGUAAUAGAGAUUACCAAAAUCAAAGCUCCGAAAAUGACAAGAUCUUGCCAUUUUUGGAAAGUCAUUAUGCCACCAUUAUCAAUUCGUUUGACACUUCCAUUUCCAUCUUAAAGCAAUUAUCCCAAUCUUCAAAACCUUCAAUUAGUCAAAAAUCAAAAAUUGGUCAAAAAAGCAGGUCAAGGAUGAUUGAAACCUCUAAUCUUGAGCCUGAUGGCUACGCAUGGAGAAAAUAUGGUGAAAAGCCGAUCCUCAACACAAAGCACCCUAGGUCAUCUAAGGCACUUUCUCCGUGUAAGACUACUAAUAAUCCUCCCCCAUGCCUUGUUGAUUCGAUGAACAACCCUAACCCACCAGUAGUAAGCAACGCGAUUAUUGGUGAUGUCAAUCAACAACAAGAUGUGGUGUUCUCUUCAAGUUUGUUCAUGAGUGCAAAUUAUAUGGCUAGUUCAUCUGUGAACAUAGACGGGUGCGAUUUGAUGGCGGGUUAUGAGCAAUUAUAUGAUAUGGAUGGUGCGUUGCAACUGCAAGACAUCCCUUUUGGGGAGAUGAAUCUUUCGCCUAUGUGGGAGUAA